AUGUCUAUAUUCUUGAAGCGGGAGGGACUUCCCAGUGACUUCUACAAUGAGACCCAGGCAAAGAUGUUCCUGCAGUUUUACGACCAAACAGCCCAGGUUGUGUUGAACCAGUUCAUGGAGGCCACUUGGAACUAUGUCACCAACAUCACCAGGAAAAAUCAGGAGGAGAUGCUGCGCAAGGAUGUGGAGAGGUCCCAAUUCAUGGUGUACUUUGGCACCCGGGCCCGCCUGUUUAAGACUGACCAGUUCCAGGACCAGGUCGUGAAGCGCAUGCUGAGUAAGCUGCAGGACAUAGGCAAGGCGGCCUUGCCCCAGGACGAGCUCCGGGAGUACAACAAGCUUCUGGCCUACAUGGAGACGACGUACAGUAUGGCCCAGGUGUGCAUGAACGAGGGGCCCUGUCUGCCUUUGGAGCCUGACCUUGAAGAAGUCAUGGCCACCUCCAGGGACCAGAAGGAGCUGCUGUGGGCCUGGCAGGGUUGGCGGGAUGCUGUGGGCCGCCAGAUCCGUACCAUCUUUGGGCAAUACGUGCACCUCAGCAACAAGGCUGCGCAGCUCAAUGGUUACAAUGACAUGGGGGCCUUAUGGCGCUCCAAGUAUGAGUCUGACACGCUGCAGGAAGAACUGGACCAGCUGUUCCAAGAGCUGCAGCCGCUCUACCUGAACCUGCACGCCUAUGUGCGCCGUGCUCUGCACCGCCACUAUGGGCCCCAGGUCAUCGACCUGAGGGGGCCCAUCCCCGCCCAUCUCUUGGGGAACAUGUGGGCUCAGUCCUGGGUCAAUAUCUUAGACCUGGUCCUGCCCUUCCCGAAUAAGGCCCCUGAGGACAUCACCAAGAUCAUGAAAGGCCAGCACUGGAAACCAGAGAAAAUGUUUCAAGAGGCUGAAAAAUUCUUCACCUCCUUGGGGCUGCUGUCUGCCCCACCCAAUUUCUGGCAAAACUCGAUGCUGGAGAGGCCGACAGAUGGGCGGGAGGUGGAGUGCCAUGCUUCCGCCUGGAACUUCUACAGGGACGAUGACUUCAGGAUAAAGAAGUGCACCGAGGUGACCAUAGAAGACCUGCUCUCCAUCUUCCACCAGAUGGGCCACAUCCAGUACUUCCUGCAGUAUAAGAACCUCUCUGUAAUCUUCCGCACAGGCGCCAACCCAGCCUUUGAAGAGGCCGUGGGGUCGGCGAUCACCCUCUCGGCCUCCUCCCACAAGUAUCUCCUCAACAAAGGCCUGCUCAGCCUCCAGCACCAGGACUCAGAGGAGGAAGUCAACUUCUUGAUGAACAUUGCUCUGGAGAAGAUAGCCUUCAUCCCCUUCAGCUACCUGAUGGAUCUGUUUCGCUGGAAGGUCUUUGAUGGCACCAUCCGGAAGGAUAUCUACAACCAGGAGUGGUGGAACCUCAGGUUGAGGUACCAAGGCCUCUGUCCCCCUAUUCCUCGCUCAGAGGAGGACUUUGAUCCAGGUGCCAAGUUCCACAUUUCUGCCAGUGUGCCCUACAUACGGUACUUCCUCGGCCUAGUGCUCCAGUUCCAGUUCCAUGAAGCACUUUGCAAGGCCGCAGGUCACACAGGUCCACUGCACCAAUGUGACAUCUAUAACUCGAAGAAGGCUGGGAAACUCCUGGGGGAUGCCCUAAAGCUGGGCUCGAGUCAGCCUUGGCCAGAGGUCCUAAAGAAGCUGACCGGGCAGUCCACUGUGUCUACAAAGGCCCUCAUGACCUACUUCAAGCCGCUACUGAACUGGCUGGUGACUGAGAAUGUACAGCAAGGAGACAUUCUGGGCUGGCCCGAUUUCACCUGUACCUAUGAAGAAAAAGACACAAACAAAGUGACAUUCCUGAGUCUGGAGCUGGACUCUGACAAGGCCAGUUUUGGGCAAUGGGUGCUGCUGACCCUCUGCUUCAUUUUGUUGCUGGUGGCCCUGGGGCUGGCCUACAGGCUGUACUUCCUGGAAAAACAGUCACUGGCCCAAGACAGCGUGAUAUUCACCCCACUGUUCCCUGCUUACUUCCUGGGCAAAGCCAUGGAUCCCCCCCAGGCUGUUAAAAGACAGUGGAUACUCCUGGGGCUCUUCCUCAUCAUGAUGCUGUGCUCCAUCAGCCUGGCCAUUUGGAUUUUCACACACCACGGCAGGAAGCCUCCAUGGACGGCAACUGAACGGUGGAAUGGGGACUAA